AUGGCCUCCCGAUCAGUCAUGCCUCUGUGGAGAUCGCUAGCCCGACUCCCCAUCCCGAAUGCUCGGGCUGCUGGUCGUCGCAUGGGCAGACAGGUGCGCGGAUAUGCCACAGAGCAAAAACAGCGCGAAGCGCAGCAAUUCACAGUCUGGAGACCCUACCUGCGGCUCGCAGUUGGGGUGCCUUUCAUCGGCGCGAUUAUAUACUCCAUGAUGACAGGUGAGAUAACCGAGCUCGACUCUCCCUCCAUUGUCGAACUCGACGAAGCCCUGAAAAAAACCUCAACCAUCAACGAGUCCUCGCCCAUGCGCCUGCGCAUGGAGAAGCUCAUCAAGGAACACCAGCAGAAAAUCAUCGAGGAACUCGGCAGGAUCGAUGGCCAGCAGUUCCGAACGGAUACCUGGACGCGUCCCAAUGGCGGCGGCGGUAUCUCAUGCGUGCUGCAGGACGGGAACGUGUUUGAGAAGGCCGGCGUGAACGUCUCCGUGGUCUAUGGAGAACUGCCGCGGGCAGCAAUUGAGAAAAUGCGCGCGGACCAUAAGUCUUUCGUCGGGGCUGAGGUGGACUCCCUCAGUUUCUUUGCUGCGGGCCUCUCGCUGGUCUUGCAUCCGCAUAACCCGAUGGCUCCCACAGUGCACCUGAACUAUCGGUAUUUUGAGACCUCGGAUCCGAAAGAUCCCAUCAAUGGAGACAAGAAUUGGUGGUUUGGGGGUGGCACAGAUUUGACCCCGUCAUACCUGUUCCCCGAAGACGUGCAACACUUCCACAAGACGAUCAAGGACGCCUGCGACCGCCACGACGCGACAUACUACCCCAAGUUUAAAGCCUGGUGCGACAAGUAUUUCUACUUGCCUCACCGUGGCGAGUCCCGCGGAGUUGGCGGCAUUUUCUUUGAUGACCUCGACGCCAACUUCCUGCAGGCCUCUGCCGGAUCGUCGUCUAAUCCUCAGGAGACGCUGUUCUCCUUUGUUUCCGACGGACUGGCCUCUUUCCUGCCAUCAUAUGUGCCCAUCAUCGAACAGCGAAAAGAUAUGCCCUUUACCUCGGCGCAGAAGGAGUGGCAGCAGCUUCGUCGGGGCCGCUAUGUGGAAUUUAAUUUGGUCUAUGACCGGGGUACCAGCUUUGGCCUGCGCACGCCCAAUGCCCGUGUUGAAAGCAUCCUGAUGAGUCUUCCGCGCACUGCCAGUUGGGCUUACAUGGAUCCCGUCUCCGGUACACGGACCGAGACUAUGCCUACGGAUGAAGAGGAAUUGGGUGAAGACAAGACCAGCGAAAAGGAGCUGAUGGACGUGCUGCGACAUCCCCGGCAAUGGGUAUAG